GUCAUGUGACAAGCUGCGAUGUCUUGAAUGCGAUCACGACGUAGCCACGUUCAGUGGCUAUAAAUGGAAAAAGUCAACAGACUACAUGUUUCUGCGGAACAACUAUCCGAACUUCUCCAAACUCCGUUGCAACCUUGCAAUCUGCAAAAGUUCCCGAGCAUUUUGCUGCCAAUGUAAUUGGACAGACGUGAAACAACCAACACGACUGGACCCUCGACAAUUCAACUGGGUUUGCACUAAGCACCCAUUGUGA